ACUGCCAAGCAGUCAAGAUGUCGAGCCCUAAACUUGCCCUUAUUAUUCUGGUCAUCGUCUGUUUGUUCCUGAUCGCUUGGGCACGACCCAGGUCGAGAUCUUCGUUAUAUAAUGAGGUAACCUCCUUGCCGGCGCAACGAAAGAUGAGCAACGAAAUAAUGGACCAAAUAUCGCCAAUGAGGAGGCCACACAAGAGGGACUACUUCCUGAAAAGGCGUUCCUUCGGCGGUUCAAAGAUGACGAAGUCAAGGAGUCCCUUCCUCGAACGAUUCUACAACGAUCCUCUUCCCGAGAUCGCACCUGGUGGAUUUAACUACUUCGGAAACGAAGCCCAGCCGAUGUCCACCUACGAGAUCCUGGAACCAGAAGCCUUCUUCUAGGAACAGAUGAUGAAUUAAAUCCAAUUUAAUUUUAUGAUUGACAUUUCUUUACAAUAAAGAAUAAAAUAUAAUAAUUAUGUAAAAAAGUAAAGU